AGCAGGGCGGUGAAGUCAUUCCCCGUCGUCGUUUUAGGCGACAGUUUCCGUGAGAGAGUGGCGUUGUGAUCGGAUUCACGAUUCUGAGACCAUGGAGGCAAGCUCAGUCGUAGAAGACGAUGAAUGUGUUAUCCUUGUUUGCACAGACCCCGAUUCUCUCGAACCUCAAACUCCAGACCAAGAAUACCUUCUCCUCACCGCCACAGAUAUCCUCACCUGGGACUUGCCUAACAUCCUCACUUUCAACACCCUCAAAGUUCAUGCACAUCGCUCCAGGCUCAUUGAGCAAUCCUCGUAUUUCCGUGGUCUACUCGGCCGGAGUUUCAGUGAAUCGUGCUUAAGCUCAAUCACUGUUAAAUGGGAUAUCGGUGUAUUUAUCCAGAUUCUGAAGCAUAUCUAUGAUUGUUCAUUGGAUGUUACUUCUGAGAAUUUCCUCCCCCUUUAUGAGGGUGCGUUCUAUUUUGGAGUGGAAACACUGAUAUUGAAGUGUGAGUCUUGGUUUUCUGAGGUAUCCUCACCUGAAGGUUUUCAGUCAGCGCGAUUGCCAAUGGAGGACAUGAUCCAGAUUUGGAAGUUUGGCUUAGAGCAUGCUAGUGACUUUAUUGUGAACUUGUGUGUGGGCUGCCUGGCAAGAAAUUUUAUGUGGGCAAAGCACAACAUGUUUUUCAAGAGAAUCCCGCAUGAACUGCUGUUGUCUUCAGUUAAGCACCCACACUUGACUGUUGACAGUGAAACACAUCUUUCUGAUGCACUUCUUCUCUGGCUUGAAAGUAACAUGGAAGAUUUGGAGUGCCAGAGCAAGGAUGAAGACAACUGCUAUGAAAUUUUAAAACAGAUUCGUCUGGACCUUUUGGCUUUGUGGUUUGCUGCAGGAAAAAGAAACUCUUCUCAUUUUAGGCAGCUAGCUGAGGAAAGCAUUGCUUCAAUUUUCAGACUUUUGACUAUUCCACUUAUGGGUUCACAAGAUAUUUUUGGUUAUAGUGACUUGCAACAUCUCAAAAUUCGGCUCACAGAGUAUUCAAAGAAAGUAGACCUUUCCAAUUGUCCACAAAUAACACCUGCAAUACUGCUUCUAUCACUUCUCCCUUCAUCGUAUAUAAUGGAUCCUGCUAAAAAGAAGAUUAUAGAAAAGUUCUUUAUCAACUCUGGACGUCCUUCAAAAGAUAGACAUGUAUUCCCUCAAAGACUCCUGCAAACCACUACCUUUGAGGGAGUUCAGGAGGUGGAUAUCUCAAAGUGCUGGAGAUUGCUUAUUGAACAUGCUGUUGACUACUUCUGCAAGUCAUUUCCUUGUUUAAGAAUAUUGAAAGCAGCUUAUCUAUUGAACAUUGGGACAAUCAGUUUCUUACAAUUGUUGGAGAGGUUCCCUUUGGUCUGUGAAAUUGACUUGACUGUUGAUAGUACCCCAGUAAUACCAGCAUUAUUUACCAUUUUAUCCUCCAAUCCUGCUUUAAUACCACCUGUACCACAGAAGGCCUCUAUUAUUAACAACAAGGCAGUGGAAAUCAUGCCAUUUUAUAAAUUUGGACCUCCACUUUCCAAUAUUACAAGACUCACAUUGGAAGGAAGAACUGAUGUUUGUGAUUCGGUUCUCCUCUAUAUCUCCAGAUUCUGUGUUUCAUUGUGUCACCUGAAUAUUAAAGGAUGUAUUUCUGUCACCGAUGUUGGCAUAUCAGAUCUCAUAUGCAGGUGUAGAAAACUUAAUUCAAUUGUGGUUUGUGAUACAUCAUUUGGGAUAAAUUCAGUUCAAGCUCUUUCCUCGGCUAUUUCUGAUGGUGGCAAUACUUCCUCUAUGCAUUCUAGAGAGAAACAUUUGAAUUCUGUAGCAUCUAAUCUUCAAGAACUGCAUAUGGGUGGGUGCAAGGGUGUUUCUGAUUCAUCUUUACUUGAGCUUAUGUCUCAGACACAGCUUUUGAAGAGUUUAUGCCUGAGAGGGACUGAUCUGGUUGACCAGGCGCUUUAUAAUUUCCUAGGUUCUUCCUUGGAGAUGCUUGAUGUUUCAAAUACCAAGAUUUCUGGAGCUGCGUUAGCUCAUGUCAUUCAUAGAAAUCUGAGUUUGAAAUGUCUGAAAGCAAAAGAUUGUAGAAAUCUGUUUCCAGAUAACAGUUGUAUUAAAAAAAGAGAAUGCUGCUUUUUCUCUUUGCAUGAAGAACUACAUGCUGGGUUCAGAAAAACAUAUAGCUUGGAAGAAAUUGAAUUUGGAUGGGGUUUUUCUACCUCAUCUUUGAGUGCUAUGGAACCUAUAAUGAUGUCAUUAAAGACCAUCCAUAUAGGUUUAGGUGGUAUGUUAGGUGAAGAUGCACUGAGAAAAUUACCUUCAACCUGUCCUUUGCUGGAAAAAAUAAUUCUUCAUUUUCAGGUAAUAUCAGAUGCUAUUUUGACAAAUAUGGUUUCAUCCUUGGUAAACUUGCAAGAAUUAUCUCUCUGCUAUUGUUUUGGUGAUAUAUCCAUGUCAAGCUUCAAAUUCUCCAUGCAAAGUCUAACAAAGUUGAGGCUUGAAAGAGUAACCCCUUGGAUGACAAAUGCUGAUCUGCUUAUUUUAAGUCAGAAUUGCAAAAAUUUGGUUGAGCUUUCAUUGCUAGGAUGUCCUAGUCUUAACUCAGAUUCUCAAGAGAUAAUUUCACAUGGCUGGCCAGGCUUGGUCUCUAUCCAUUUAGAGGAAUGUGGAGAAGUAACAUCAAAUGGGGUCUCUGCUUUUUUUUACUGCAAAGCUCUUGAAGAUCUCCUGUUGCGUCAUAAUGGUCAUGGGCUACAGAGAAACUUCAUUUUUAAAGCUGCUUCGGAGAUGCCAUUGCUUCGAAAAUUGUCACUGGAUGUAUGUGAUGCGAGUGAAGGUGAUUUUGACAUUCCUGAUUAUGCAAACAGAUACUCGUUGAGUACGGUAAAGAUAGCAAGGUGCAAAUCUCAAAGAUGCGCAUUUAAUCUCCCAGCCCCUCCAAGAAGAUCUGUUCAUGUGGAAAGUCUGGUGCUUGUGUGGAACUGCAGAGAUCUCACCAGAACCGUGGUGAAGGAACGGCUUUAGCAGAUUCUCGUCUGAGCAAUUGGGGGCACAUCACCUCUCUCCAAAGAUGAAGGGUUAGUUUUACUACUAGUGUUUGGUUUUAGGAAGUCAAAUUCUUAUAUAAGUUUAAUAUGAAGAUUCUUGCUUCUGCUAAAAGUUACAACUGAAUAAGUUGUAUAAUUGUCUCCUACAUUCUUUUAUUCUUAAUCUCUUUUAAUAAAACUAUGCUCUGUUUCAUCAUGAAUUCAUUAGUCCGGUUUAUAUUGCCCAUACUUGUUUUAUUCUCUCAAGUAAUUCGUCAUCUUGUUUCUGCGUUGUAUUUACAUAUUAGUUCGCGACCUGGUAGAGCAUAAUGUAUGUUCUCCACAUUGUAUCAAACGCUAUUUUCAUGUGCAACAUGUUAACAAUGAAUCAAACUUUGUUCAAAACUAGGGUGCCAUUCGCGC